AUGGCGACACAGUACCCACCGCCCUCGAAGCGCCAAAAGCGCGAGCAGGGAGAAAUCGCCCGCCAACAAGCAGAAAUCGAUACCACAAUCCCCGAUGGCACAGUGCGAGUGCGCUUCGUCGACCAGGCUACCGGCGAGAGCGGCAGUCUUCCUGUCCUCACCGUUCCGCUCUCACAGGCUUCGACCAAGAACCUCGAAAUUCUCUUGAACGAACUCAAAGACCAAUCCGACGACCAAAUACCAUACCGUUUCUUCCCAGACGGGGCUACCGAAGCUCUUGGAGACAAGGAAGAUCUAUACAAUGCGUUGGUCAAGUCGGGGAAGGCUUCUUCUGAGAGCGAGAUUGUGCUGCAGUAUGCGCCCCAAGCAGUGUUUAGAGUGAAGGCUGUGUCAAGAUGCGCGGCAGCUAUUUCGGGUCAUGGAGACAACAUAUUGGCUGUGCAGUUCUCGCCACUGAAUUCAGGUCGCAUGGCGAGUGGAAGUGGAGACAAGACGGUUAGGAUAUGGGACUGCGAUACAGGCACGCCAGUACAUACGCUCAAGGGUCAUACGAAGUGGGUUCUUGCGGUCAGCUACUCGCCUGAUGGGUCGUUGUUGGCAACCGGAGGAUAUGACAACGAAGUCAGGGUAUGGGACCCGAAUACUGGCAAGCAGAUUGGCGGGCCACUGAAAGGACACACAGGCUUCAUCACUUCGCUGACUUGGGAGCCAUUUCAUCUGCAAGAGCCAGGACGGCCAAGAGUUGCGUCGUCCUCAAAAGACGGCACCGUAAGAGUUUGGGACGCAGUGGGUGGAAAGAUCGACUAUGCGCUGGCAGGCCACAAAGGCAGCGUGACCUGCGUCAAGUGGGGAGGCACUGGAAGGAUAUAUACCUCUUCCCAUGACAAGACUAUCAAAGUCUGGGAUGCUUCUGUCGGCACGUUGGUCAACACUCUAUCCGGCCACGCACAUUGGGUGAACCACCUGGCUCUCUCUACCGACUUCGUUCUCCGGACUGCAUACCACGACCAUACACGAAAAGUACCCGCGUCACCCGAAGAGAAGCUCGCAAAAGCAAAGUCACGGUUCGAGAAAGCCGCGACCAUCAACAACGAGAUUGUGGAGCGAUUGGCAACCGCCUCGGAAGAUUGCACACUCAUCCUGUGGACCCCGUUGAGCAGCAACAAACCAGUUACUCGCAUGGUAGGCCAUCAGAAGCAGAUCAACCAGGUCACGUUUUCACCAGAUGGCCAACUGCUCGCCUCCGCAGCGUGGGACAACCACGUCAAGCUGUGGUCUGCUCGUGAUGGAAAGUUCCUCAACACCCUUCGAGCCCACGUCGGCCCCGUCUACAUGACAUGUUUCUCCGCUGAUAGCAGGUUGUUGGCGAGCUGCAGCAAAGACACUACGCUGAAGGUGUGGGACAUGCGGACAGGAAAACUGAAGGAGGAUUUGCCGGGUCACAAAGAUCAGGUGUUUGCGUUGGACUGGAGUCCGGAUGGUGAGAGGGUGGGUAGUGGUGGUGCGGACAAACAGGUCAGGAUAUGGAGAAACUGA